AAAUAAUAUAUAGGUUAAGAUGAAUCAAUUUCUUGAUUUUUGUUUUAUAUUUGGGGAAUUCAGAAUUAGUAUUACUUCUGGAAUUUAUUAGUUGGACAUCAUGAGGAAGUGUUUGUUUUUAUAGACCAUGUUAUGGAAAAUGACCAUAUGUUUGCUACAUCAACAGCAAAAAACUGUCUUAUCGCCAAUGACAGAGAUAAAUUAAUGCAUUGAAAAUAUCUGACCUAAUGCAAGAAACUCUGGAGAAUUUUUAUUUAUCGAUUUUUUAUUUUAUUUAAUUUUAUUUUAUUAUUAUUAUUUUAUUUAAUUUUUUGAUAGGAUCUAGAUUAUCCAGAUCCAUACUCCAUUUCAGUAGGUGGCGGUAAUGUGCUCGAGAUGAAGAGGAAGUAUAUUUUUAAAACCUUGUGUUUCUGUGUUUGUGGGCUGAGCUGUGAGAUUGUUGUGGUCUCUCCCACAUACAUAUCUGAGCUGUUGAAGUAACAAUGUCUUCAACUGAGAGUUUAACAGAGCUGUUCAUCGAGCCACUAACUGCUGCUGCUGAAGAAAUAUUCAAACUCUUUGAAAGAACUGCCAUCCAGUGCGACGAAGAGAUCGAUCGUCAGCGCAGACUGCUGGAUAUCACCUGGAAUCCCGAGAUAAAGUUACACAGAAUAGACCUCCCACAGCAACAUGUCUACACAGAGGAGGAGGUUCUCACUGAACAGCAGUUCUGUAACCAGGUCAGGAAGUCCAUUGUGGAUCAGGAUGAACCAGAACCUCUACAGAUUAAAGAGGAACAGGAGGAACCAGAGCAUCUGCAGAUUAAAGAGGAACAAGAGGAACCAGAACCUCCACACAUUAAAAGGGAACAGGAGGAUCAAGAACUUCCACAGAUGAAAGAGGAACAGGAGGAACCAGAACCUCCAGAGAUUAAAGAGGAACAGAAGGAACUCUGCAGCAGUCAGCAGGAAGAACAUCUUGAACUGAACUAUGAGACGGAUUCCUUUGAGGAAAGUGACCACAGUGAACUAGAACCAGAUAAUGACCACCUUCUCUCUCAGAAUUUCAAUCAAACUGUUGAUUUGAAUAAGCACAUGAGGACUUACACGGGUGUGAAGAAGUACGUUUGUGACACAUGUGGUGAAAACUUCACUGAAAGACGUACUUUAACAAAGCACAUGAGGACUCACACAGGUGAGAAACGGUAUGGUUGUGACACAUGUGGUAAAACCUUUAAUCGACGCAGUAAUUUACACAAACACAUGAAGAUUCACACAGGUGAGAAGCCGUACGGUUGUGACACAUGUGGCAAAACCUUCACUGACAGAACUACUUUAACACACCACAUGAGGACUCACACAGGUGAGAAGCCAUAUGGUUGUGAAACAUGUGGCAAAAUGUUCAAUAAAAGAUGUAUUUUAACUAUUCAUGUAAGGACUCACACAGGAGAGAAGCCAUACAGUUGUGACACAUGUGGUAAAACCUUUACUGAACCAAGUAAUUUUAAAAAGCACAUCAGGACUCACACAGGUGAGAAGCCGUAUGGUUGUGAUACAUGUGGUAAAACCUUCAGUCAAAGAAGUACUUUAACUGAUCACAUGAGGACUCACACAGGAGAGAAGCCGUACAGUUGUGACACAUGUGAUAAAACCUUCAAUCGAAGAACUCACUUAACAACUCACAUGAGGACUCAUACAGGUGAAAAGCCAUAUGCUAUGAAACGUGGUAAAACCUUCACUGAAAGAGGUACGUUAACUGGUUACAUGAGAACUCACACAGGUGAGAAUGUGUCGUCUUGAAACAUCUGUGUGGGGGAAAAAAGCAGAGCUUAAACAAAAACACGUCAAGAAUUUUUUCAGGUUCAUCUUUCUUUUGGAAAUCUGAUCAAAUCAUUCUCUGAGAUGAAGUAUUUUUUAAAAAUAAUAAAUUUUUAGUUUGUGUUUCUUA